AUGGUUUCUGUUCUUUCUUUCACUCGCCAAGUGUUCCUUACCCUUGCUCUUUCAUUGUUGGUUAACGACUCAGUUGCUCUCGAUAAGAGAAGUCCUGGUUUCCUUAAGCUUGACUUCACAGUUGCUAGAGGUCAAGGUAAAGAAUCAUUGAACUUGACCAGUACAAAUAAGCCAUACUUCGUUUACCAUGAAAAGUCGAAGAGAGCUACUGGUGAACCUGAAGUUACCUUGAUUAACGAAAAGACUUUCUACGCUACUGACUUGGAAAUAGGUUCUAACAAGCAAGCUGUUACUACCCUCAUUGACACUGGUUCUUCCGAUUUGUGGGUCGUUGAUAAGUCUGCAAAAUGUCAAGUGACUGAAACCGGACAGAGCUCAACCUACUGUUACGAAUACGGUGUUUACGAUCACACCAAGUCUUCUAGCUACCAUAGCUUAGGAAGCAAGUUCUCGAUUGAGUAUGUUGACGGUACUAGUUCUACUGGUACUUGGGUCAAGGAUGAUGUAUACUUUGCUGGAACCACCACUGGUGUUACACAGCUCCAAUUUGGUGAUGUUACCACCACUUCUUCUGGUUUUGGUGUUUUAGGUAUUGGUUACGAGGCUAACGAAAGUACCAACACUGAGUACCCUAACUUGCCCGUCUUGUUGAAGACCCAGGGUGUCAUUGCCAAGACCGCCUACUCGUUGUACUUGGCCCAAGAGGAUGCUACCUCUGGGUCAGUCAUCUUUGGUGGUAUCGACCAGGCUAAAUACCUGGGUUCGUUGAUAACCUUGCCAGUUACAAGCUCGAGAGAAUUGGCUAUCCAUUUGGGAUCUGUUGCUAUUAAUGGUAAGACCAUAUCUGCCAACCUUAACCCAGUGUUGGACUCAGGUACUACUUUGACUUAUUUGCCUACUAAGAUUGUGGCCAGUAUUGCCAGUGCCUUGAGUGGUACCGCCGAUUCUAGUGUUGGUUACAUCAUUAACUGUAACCAACCAAGUAACAAAUACUUAACUUUCAACUUUGAUAGCGGUGCCACCAUUAACGUCCCACUCUCUGAAUUGGCUAUUGAUUUAUACCUCACAAACGGUCAGAAGUACCAAUACUGUGCUUUAGGUGUAUUCGCUACCAGCAGUACCCCAAUUUUGGGUGACAACUUCUUGAGAAGUGCCUAUGUUGCCUACGAUCUUGAUGACAACACUAUCUCCCUUGCCCAAGUGAAGUACACCACGGCUGAAAACAUUGUUCCAUUUUAA